AUGAAGGUGAUCGUUAAGUCGUUUGAUACCCGAGUCAUAGACACAAAUGACUGUCCAACUGCUGCAGAUCUAAAGAUUCUACUAGCAAACAAGGACAAUUUGCCACUGGAUAACUUGCAGUUAUACAACUGUGGAUCAUUAAUUAGUGAUUCUCAAUCUUUGGUAUCUCUGUCGAGUGACGCAUCUAUCGAUGUCGUUGUUCCGGCAUUAGGAGGUAAGGUACACGGAUCACUUGCGCGUGCUGGUAAAGUUCGUGGGCAAACCCCGAAGGUUGAAAAACAAGAAAAACGGAAGUCUCCACGUGGUAGAGCUAAGCGUAGGAUGCAGUACAACAAGCGAUUUGUAGCAGUUGUACAACAAACUGGUGGCAGAAGAAGAGGCCCGAAUUCUAAUGUAAAGUCAUCCUAA